AUGUCAGAGUUCCAGAAGAUUUAUCACUUAUUUCCUAAAGGUCCAUCUUGCGACUUUGAGAAGGAUCUCUGCUCGUGGAAACAAGAAACAACAGAUGAUUUUGAUUGGACCCAAAAUAGUGGUUCUACUCCAUCCUCUGGAACUGGGCCAUCUUCUGGUCACGGUGGAAAAGGGUCAUAUAUCUACAUUGAGACUUCCUCCCCAAGGAUUCAAGAUGAAACAGCCAUAUUAACAUUUGAUGGAACAAACCUUAAGCCAGUGGUUUGUCUAACCUUUUAUUAUCACAUGUAUGGAAAUUACAUCAAUGAGCUUCUGCUGAAUAAUCGUGGAAAAAACGUUUGGAAGUUGGCAGGUGAUCAAGGAGAUCAAUGGAAGAAAGCGCAAGUCACACUUACUGGAAACUAUCAGCUCGUUUUCAUUGCAUCCGUUGGAGGUUCUUAUGAAGGUGACAUCGCUAUUGAUGACAUAUCUGUCUCGGACGGAAAUUGUUUCGUAGUACCACCGUCACCCAGUCUACCGGCCACUCGUCCACCAACUCCAAGCCAGGGCCCAUCAGUGUUGCCGGGGAAAAAUCCAUCUUGCGAUUUUGAGAAGGAUCUCUGCUCGUGGAAACAAGCAACAUCAGAUGAUUUCGACUGGACAAAAAAUAGUGGUUCUACUCCUUCCUCUGGAACUGGGCCAUCUUCUGGACACGGUGGAAAAGGGUCAUAUAUCUACAUUGAGACUUCCUCCCCAAGGAUUCAAGAUGAAACAGCCAUAUUAACAUUUGAUGGAACAAACCUUAAGCCAGUGGUUUGUCUGACCUUUUAUUAUCACAUGUAUGGGAAUUACAUCAAUGAGCUUCUGCUGAAUAAUCGUGGAAAAAACGUUUGGAAGUUGGCAGGUGAUCAAGGAGAUCAAUGGAAGAAAGCGCAAGUCACACUUACUGGAAACUAUCAGCUCGUUUUCAUUGCAUCCGUUGGAGGUUCUUAUGAAGGUGACAUCGCUAUCGAUGACAUAUCUGUCUCGGACGGAAAUUGUUUCGUAGUACCGCCGUCACCCAGUCUACCGGCCACUCUUCCACCAACUCCAAGUCAGGGCCCAUCAGUGUUGCCGGGGAAAAAUCCAUCUUGUGAUUUUGAGAAGGAUCUCUGCUCGUGGAAACAAGCAACAUCAGAUGAUUUCGACUGGACAAAAAAUAGUGGUUCUACUCCUUCCUCUGGAACUGGGCCAUCUUCUGGACACGGUGGAAAAGGGUCAUAUAUCUACAUUGAGACUUCCUCCCCAAGGAUUCAAGAUGAAACAGCCAUAUUAACAUUUGAUGGAGCUAACCCUAAGCCAGUGGUUUGCCUAACCUUUUAUUAUCACAUGUAUGGGAAUUAUAUCAAUGAGCUUCUGCUGAAUAAUCGUGGAAAAAAUGUUUGGAAGUUGGCAGGUGAUCAAGGAGAUCAAUGGAAGAAAGCGCAAGUCACACUUACUGGCAACUUUCAGCUCGUUUUCACUGCAUCCGUUGGAAGUUCUUAUGAAGGUGACAUCGCUAUCGAUGACAUAUCUGUCUCGGACGGAAAUUGCUUCUCAGGGAAAUGCGGUUUCCGACCUUCCACAAGGAUAGUAGGUGGUCAAGAAGCUUCUGUCAAUGGCUGGCCAUGGCAGGCGAUGUUGAGAUACAAAUAUGGAGGCCAGUUCUGUGGUGGAACUUUGGUAGAUCCUUUAUGGGUUGUAACAGCAGCUCACUGUGUUAAAAAUGCACAACCAACAGGAAUAAUAGUCAGAAUGGGUGCUCAUUAUAGGGUAAGUGGUACCGUUGGAACAGAACAGGACAUAGAUGUUGCGCAAAUCAUCAACCAUGAAAGUUACCAUACCCCUCUAAGAUAUAGCUACGACAUUGCCUUACUGAAGCUAGCCAGACCUGCUAAGCUCCAAACAGGUAUUGGACUUGCUUGCUUGUCAGACUCCAGCCUUCCUCUCCCCAUUGACGACCCAAACACGAAGUGCUGGAUCACUGGCUGGGGUACGCUCUCUUCUGGAGGUAGUCAACCUAAUGCCUUGAUGGAAGCGUCCGUCCCCCUGGUAUCCAAAAAACGAUGUCUCAAAGGAUAUCCAGGAAAAAUCCACGACUCCAUGUUGUGUGCAGGUCUGGACCAAGGCGGAGUAGAUGCUUGCCAAGGAGACAGUGGUGGACCACUUGUAUGUAAGUUCAAUGGCAGAUGGUAUCUGGAGGGAGCUACUAGUUGGGGAUAUGGAUGUGCCGCUCCAAAUAAGUACGGGGUGUACGCCAAGGUACGAUACCUCAGGUCGUGGAUCGACAGAAAUAUGAAUGGUGGGAUUAUACCACCAACUACAAUACCGCCACCUCGACUAACAACAACUCAACCACCAACAACAGCAUCUAACUCCGAUCCAUCCUGUGAUUUUGAGAAGGAUCUCUGCUCGUGGAAACAAACAACAUCAGAUGAUUUUGAUUGGACCCAAAAUAGUGGUUCUACUCCUUCCUCUGGGACCGGGCCAUCUUCUGGACACGGCGGGAAAGGAUAUUAUGUUUAUAUUGAGACUUCAAGUCCCAGAGUCCCUUAUGACAGAGCAAGUUUGAAAUUCAAAGGAGUAAACAGAAAGACGGUUUGCUUUUCAUUCUACUAUCAUAUGUACGGGGUUCAUGUCAGGGCACUGAAUCUUUACAACGGCGGAAACAAAAUUUGGAACAUGAAGGGAGAUCAGGGAGACUCGUGGAAAAGGGCGGAAGUGACCAUCACUGGUGAUUAUGACCUUAAAAUUGAAGGAGUUUCAGGGGACUCCUAUCAGGCUGACAUUGCCAUUGAUGAUAUAACUAUACAAGAUGGUUCCUGCGGAGGAGUUCCCCCUUCACCGUCUCUUCCCCCUAUCCCACCGACAACACAGGGACCAGUGUCACCCCAAUCGUGCGGUAAAUCACCAGUAUCGAGGGUUAUUGGAGGAGUGAACGCAAAUCCAGGGAGUUGGCCGUGGCAGAUUGCUUUAUUAAGAGGAAGUGGUAGAUCAUUCAGUUGUGGCGGAUCAUUGAUAACUCCUGAAUGGGUGGUCACAGCAGCUCAUUGCAUCUCAAGAGGACAACCUGGUAGUUACUACACGAUUCGCCUCGGAGAUCAUAACCGUCAUGUUAAUGAGGGAACUGAAGAAGAUAUUCCUGCCAAACGUGUAAUCGUACAUCCUGACUACAACAAAAUUCCCAUCGACAGCGACAUCGCAUUGAUUCAGUUAACUAAACCAGCUACCCUGAAUGCCAGAGUAAAAACUGUAUGUCUGCCUUCUCAGGAUGAAGUUGUUCCCACGUCUUCUAGAUGCUUUAUCACGGGUUGGGGCAAGAUUAAGCAUCCCGGGUCCUCACAUCACAUACUGCAACAGGCGAAUUUACCUCCCGUCACAAACAGCGAGUGUGCUAAGAAACUUGCCAGCUCUCCAGGAGGCUCGUCUCUUCAAAUAACUCAAAAGAUGAUUUGCGCUGGCGUCAAUGGAACUAUUUUAAGUGGCUGCCAUGGAGACAGUGGUGGUCCUUACGUUUGUCAGACUUCCGCUGGGAACUGGGUUCUGCAAGGUGCUGUCAGCUGGGGUUCCCCAAGAUGCUCUGCGGCCGAGCGAUAUACGGUGUUUGCUCGUGUCGGCAAGUUCAGAAAUUGGAUCGAUCAGAUGAUGAGCACUUGA